CGGGAUCCCCGAGGAGACGCGUGGGACGAGGAGAUGGAAGGAGAGGGGCGCGAGCAGGACGGGAGCGACGCCUUCGACGCCUUGGCUGGGGUGGCGGCCGCGGCCACUGCGGCGGGGCCGAGCCAGGCUUGGCGAGAAUUCGAGCUGCGGCUCGGCGAGGAAGCGGGCUACAUCCCCAGGCAAGAGCAGGUCAGUGUUCUGUAUCAGAACAUCAGUAUAGUGGAACCACGAUUAAUUCAGCCUUAUGAACAUGUAAUUAAGAACUUCAUUCGUGAGAUCAAGCUUCAGAGUGCGGAGAUGGAAAACUUAGCCAUAGCUGUAAAAAGAGCACAGGAUAAAGCGGCAAUGCAGCUGAGUGAACUGGAAGAGGAGAUGGACCAGCGAAUACAAGCUGCAGAGCAUAAAAUCAAGAAAGAGGAGAAACGCAAGGCAGAAGAGGCUCUCGGUGAUCUCAAGCAGCAGUAUGAAGCUGAAGUCGAUGACCUCCAAGUGACAAUAAAGAAACUUAAAAUGCUUGAAGAACAAUCUAAAAACAUCAAUCACAAAGGAGAUUUGGCACUACUAAGGAACAGGAUACGUGAUUUGACAUUGGAAAAUCAUAAACUUAAAAAAGAUCUCAUGGAAGCACAAACAAAUAUUGCUUUCCUUCAGAGUGAAUUAGAUACUUUGAAAAGUGACCUUGCUGAUCAGAGUUUGAAUUCAGAGAGAGACCUGGAAAUGAUCAGAGAAUACACUGAAGACAGAGAUAGCUUGGAAAGGCAGAUAGAAAUACUGCAGACAGCGAACAGGAAACUUCAUGACAGUAACGAUGGUUUACGAAGUGCAUUAGAGAACAGCUGGAGCAUAUAUAACAGAUCGCUGCGUCUAACCAACUCGUCUCCAGCAAACACAGUCUCCAGAAACAGUCCUAAAUGCAUCGGUGGCCAGUCUCCUUCCUAUGUGGAUGAAGACUGUGAUUCUCUGGCACUUUGUGAUCCUAUGCAGAGGAUAAACUGCGAGGUAGACAGCUUGCCUGAAAGCUGCUUUGACAGUGGUCUAUCUACCUUGAGAGACUCCAAUGAAUAUGAUUCAGAACUGGAAUCCAAACAUCAAAGGAUUUCUCAAAGGUCACAGUGUCCACAGGAAAGCUUUGCGGGAGAUGCUUCUGAUACAGACGUCCCUGAUAUCAGAGAUGAAGAAGUGUAUAGUCCUGAUGAAGUCAGUACGGUGUUAGAUUGGAAACCAUGCCAGCCUAUUAAUUGCAGCUCGAGGUACCCAAGCUCAGAGAAGGCUUACAAGAUAGUUCUUGCUGGGGAUGCAGCAGUUGGGAAAUCUAGUUUCCUUUUGAGACUUUGCAAAAAUGAAUUUCGAGGGAACACCAGUGCAACUCUAGGGGUUGAUUUUCAGAUGAAGAGGCUUAUUGUUGAUGGUGAACCUACAGUACUACAGCUGUGGGACACAGCUGGACAAGAGAGGUUCCGGAGCAUCGCAAAAUCAUAUUUCAGAAGAGCAGAUGGCGUGCUGCUGCUAUAUGAUGUUACGUGUGAGAAAAGUUUUCUGAAUGUACGAGAAUGGAUAGAUAUGAUUGAGGAUGCAACACAUGAAAAUAUCCCAAUCAUGGUGGUCGGAAACAAAGCAGACCUUCGUCCACUGGCUUAUGAACAAGGAGAUAAAUGUGUACCAGUAAAUUAUGGAGAAAAGUUGGCCAUGGCUUACAAUGCAUUGUUCUGUGAAACAAGUGCCAAAGAUGGUUCUAAUAUUGUGGAGGCAGUUCUUCACCUUGCUCGAGAAGUGCGGAAAAGAAGCAAUAGUGAAGAUGACAACAGGUCUGUAACCGACUUGGCAGGGACAACAACAAAGAGGUCAACGCUCACCAAAAAUUGCUGCAGUGUUUAGAUGAUCAAGACUUUUUUGGCCCUAAUUUUUUUGGAUCCAUGGUCUAAAACAAUCCAAGGAAAAAUGAAGGAUUCAGGCAUAGUUUAUGCCAGAGCAUUUGUGGACGGGAGAGUGGGAGUCAUUCUCCUACAGUGGCCUGAUCCAUCAGGCUGCUCAGCAACUUCACACUCCCCAGAAUAAUGCUGAGCAAAACCAUGUCAAGAAGUAGCAGCUCUCCAGUUCAGGAGCAUCAAAAGUCACUUGCUGAAUGUAGGUCCACUCUGCUUUAAACCGUA